AACAGAGACGUGUACGAACACAUUCAACGAAGUACUACCGAAAAGAAAAGUUAUUUGAAAAUGUUUAGCUUAUCUUCACCAAGUUUUUUCGUCCAUCAACCGGUGUAUCGUCGACGACGGGAACCGGCAUUUGAUCCGUGGACAUCGUGCUUAGGUGAUGGGCCUUUUAUCUUUGGAAAUGCUGGACGCAGGCCAGAGCCAACAUAUUUUCUGAUAGAUCCAUUUGAUGUAAACGAUCUGAAGACUAGCUCAAAACGACAGAAGACCAGCCCAAAGACAAGCGCGACUUGUCGACAAAGAGAAGCCAACUUCCAUGUUGAGUUUGAUCUUAAAGACUUCAAACCAGAAGAAAUCGACGUAUCUUUGGAUAACGAUCGUCUGAAAAUUCAUGCUAAAUCAAAAGACAAGCAUGGUAUUUCUUCUGAGGUUUUCAAGUGGUACAGCUUGCCUGAAAAUAUUGACACUGAUAAAUUAACGUCUAGUCUGUCUCGAGAAUGUGCUCUACAUAUCAAUGCACCAUUUAAGGUAGUAAAGCAGGAUAAAGACUCGAUCGCCAAUGGAGGAGUUGGCUCUUCUCAGAAGGAUGAACAGAUGGACAAAACCAACCAACAAACGGAGAUUGAAAAAGAAGACUUUACUCAGCCGAUUUCUACGGGUAUGAUUAUGGAACAGGAGGAGGCAAACGACACUUCUGCCAUCAUUGGUCAUUCAGAAAAAGAUAAUGGAUUUCAUGUCGAAUUGCCAAUGGAACAAUUUAAACCGGAACACGUAAAUGUUAGCGUAGAUGAUCACAAAUUGAAGAUCCACGCAAAGAAAGUUGAUGAAGGCGAGGGACACUUCAUGCACGAAGAAGUCACCAAAUGGUUUAGCUUACCGUCCGACGUAGAUGUCGGCCAAUUGAGAUCAAACAUACGAGACGAUGGCGUAUUGGUUAUCAACGUCCCAAAGGCAAACAAUGCUGUAACUUUGGAAACAGAGAGUGUUGUAAAAGAAGAUGCGACGGCGCAAGAUAUGUCAAUAGACGACAGUGUUACUGACCAUGCGCAGGAGGAAGAAAGUAAUUAAAUUAUGAUUGCAUUAUAAACUAUUUAGUUAAGCUUAAGAUAAUAUAAGUAUUUUUUCCUGUUCUGAAUUCAAUGAAUGUUUUGGUCUGCCAUUUGUAUAAAACCUUUGUUGCUUUUAGCUAUGGCAUUUUGCCUUGUUUAUUGUUGUUCUCAUUUGGGGAAUUAAUAUAUUAUUAUAUUUUUUACAUUCUUCUUAAAUGUUUUAAUAUACUAUUGUAUUUAUUGGUUGCAUAAAAUGCCAUCUUAUGUUAAUAAGCUUAUUACAUAUUUCAUAAUGGCAGCCUACUAGUAGUUUAAACAAUUACGGUAUUACUUGUACGUGUCAUUACAGUUCGCCCUCCAAUUAGAGACCAGCUUUAGUGCCUGAAAAUUUUAGGUGGUCUCAGGGUUUGGUCUCUGCUUAGAGGGUUAGCUUAGUUUAGUAAAUUGAAGUUUGUUAUGUGGUUGUUUGAACAAUUUGUCUCGAAUUAGAGAGCUGGGUGUCAGAGGGGUCUCGAAUUGAGAGGGUGCACUGCAGUUUAACUACCCCCGUGGUGGCAUGCACAGGAGGGCGAAUUAAACUUCUUAUUUCAUAUGCUUGCUUAAAUGCUUUUAUAUACAGUACUAUAUUAUUGGUUGCAAAAUGGUAUAAAAAUACUUUAAUAAUAUCAUGUUACGUUAAUAAGCUUGUUAGAUUUUGUCAUAAUGGCAUCUAUUAGAGGUGUAACGUGUAUAAUUUAACUACGUACACGUAGUGGA